GUCCAAUCUUCUUGUCGACGCGUCUCGCUCGUUUCCCGGAUCUACCGCUCAUCCCACCAAAUCGCGACUUCGCCAAAGGAGCUAUUCUCCUACGCGUCGGGCAGAUUUCUUCACGAUGAAGAGAUUCGAUUACGCGAGCGCUAUGUAGAAUUCAAUCCAGAUGCUCUUCUGCAAGAGACUGAACGGUACGUGGGCCGAUCCCACGGGCCUGCUACGUCCAUCGCCAAGCUCGCGGAAGGGGGCUUCAAUCGCGUUUUUCAAGUGACCAUGGCGGACGGAUUCGAGGUGAUUGUAAAAACUCCGUACAGCUUUGCCUGUCCCAAGUACUAUGCGACCGCGAGUGAAGCGGCGACGUUGCAAUAUCUUCGCCGCAGGGGGAUUCCGGUCCCUCAGGUUUAUGGAUACUCCGCGUCCAAGGACAAUCCUGUCGGGAUGGAAUACAUCGUUAUGGAAAAGGCGCAGGGAGCCAGUUUGGCGACGGUGUGGCGAGAUCUGAGCAAGAAACAGCGACACACACUCGCGUCGAGCUUCGUUGAGAUCGAGAGAGGAUUCUUCGAUCUCCCGUUCACGUCCAUAGGAAGUAUCUAUUUCAAGAACGAUAUCCCGUGUGAGCUUCGUGCCCCGUUAUAUGAUCCUCCUACUGAGAGCGACUUCUGCAUCGGCCCAACGGCAGACCCCAUGUUCUGGCAUGGGGCACGCGCUAGCUUUGAUCUCCAUCGUGGGCCAUGGAUCGAUCCCAAAGGGUACCUGGUCUCGACGGCAGAAAAGGAAAUUGAAUGGGCCCGGCGAAUUGGGAAACCUAUCGAGCUCGACUUCCCGCAUAACGGCGUCUUCCCGGGGGUCAAGGAUCCUGAAACCUACAUCGACCUCUUAAACAAGUACCUUAUGCUUGUGCCGUACCUUCUUCCUAAGACGAAGAGUCCAUUGAAUCGGCCAACUCUUCGUCAUCCAGAUCUGAACCCCAAUAAUAUCUUCAUCUCGCCCGACACCGGUGCCAUAUCUUGUAUCAUCGAUUGGCAACAUGCCAGUUUGGAACCACGCUUACUUUCUGCCGGCUAUCCCCGAGCAUUCGAGAGUCCCGAUCCUUCACCACCCCUUGAGCUGGUCGAGACAGCGCCUCCAGCCGACGAAGACAUGACCCGUGAAGAGAAAGCCACAGCAGACGAACUCUACCGCCGGCGCCUACUCUUCUACUACUACCGCAUCUUCAAUGGCCACCUGAACAGGCCGCAUCUGGAAUGUCUCCGGGACCCGCUCCUCCUUCCUCGCCAACACCUCGUGGACAGGGCUAGCCGACAAUGGAACGGAAACACGAUGGCCUUGAAAGGCGCUCUCCUCCGGAUGAUCGAGUACUGGCCUCAUCUGCCGAACACAGAAGGAGUCUCGUGCCCCGUGCAAUUCUCCGACGCUGAGGUCGAUGGAUUCCACGAGCAGGAGCAGUUGUGGUUUAACCUGAACAGCGUGGUGGAUCAUUGGCGGGAGCAGAUCGGGGGCUUGAGCGAGGACGGCUGGGUCAGUAAUGAGAUGUAUGAUGAGUCGGUACGGAAAGUUGCGGAGCUGAAGGCUUCUCUGAUUGCCACUGCAGAGGGGGAUGAAGAAGAUAUUGCUCUUCUUGAAAAAGGGUGGCUCUUCCGAGAUCGCGAUGAAAGUUAAGAAUAGCUAGUGCCUGGUAGCUGGGACCUGUGGAUAUGAUCUCAGCUACCGGUAGCUUGAUCGGGUAUUUUGG